AUAGCAAGGAUAAAAUAAAAAACUUCCUUAAGUACACAAUAGCAACUUAUGUCUAUAAUGACUUCUAAAUUGUUAGUCCUCUAUUGGUUUAGGAUUUUUGUCUUUUGUUAAUGUAUAUCUUGUAUAUUUUUUAAUGAAAAACUCAUGGUAGGCGUUACUAUGCACUUUGACAUCUCAAUUGUGCUGACACCUCAAAAUACAUCUAUCAUUUGCCAUCACAUGAAAAAAUAUUAUUAAAAGGAAAAAAAAAGGAAUAAUGAAUCAUGAAGGGAAUAGACCAAAAGCAUGAUCAGAAAAUACAAGACAAGCUUCAAAAGAAGCUAAACAUCCCCAUACAUAGGAAGUUGGAUACCAAUCUUGUAUAUCGUAUGAUAGCUAAAUCAUGUUGUGUUUUAUAGAAAUUGCCAUAUUUGUGUGUUUGUUAUAUUGAAUAUGGGUCUUGUGUCAUAUCUAAGCUUAGGCUUCAUUAAAAGCAUGUCACUGGGUUUGCUGUUUGGCCCAUUCUAUUGAGGCCCAUGAAGUACUUCAAAAUAAGUAUUUAAAGGGAAAAAAUUCUUCUUCCUUACAUAUGUAACUUGUCUAAACAAUGAAGUGAUAUAUGGUUAAGUGGAGGAAACCUUGGUUAGGUCUUCUACAAUUUUGUGAAUCUUCAAGAAGGUUUUAAUCUCUAGUAAUGGCUUUAAGAGGAAUUGAUGGACAUGCUGUAUGUGAAGGUCCAAUUGAGCAGGUGGUCAAAACAGAGACUAGAGAAGCUGAAGAUUUAUUGAAAAAAUUGGAUAUUCUGAGUCCUUCUUUGUCAAGAAAUUCAGCUCGUGGAAUAUUUUGCUCCCGGUCCCUCAAUCUAAGGUCAAUUAGUGCCAUUGGAUAUGACAUGGACUAUACCUUGGUGCAUUAUAAUGUGAAGGCUUGGGAAGGGCGGGCCUAUGACUACUGCAUGGAAAACCUCAAGAAAAUGGGUUUCCCUGUGGAUGGACUUACAUUUGAUCCAGACCUGGUUAUUAGAGGUCUUGUCAUAGAUAAAGAGAGAGGUAAUUUGGUUAAAGCUGAUCGAUUCGGUUGUAUAAAAAGAGCUAUGCAUGGAACCAAGAUGUUAUCUACUCAUGCUGUGAGGGAGAUAUAUGGGAGAGAAAUGGUGGACUUGCGGCUAGAGGGUCGAUGGGUGUUUCUAAGCACAUUCUUCUCCGUGUCAGAAGCUGUGGCUUACAUGCAGAUGGUUGACAUGUUGGAUGAUGGGGUUAUACCAGCCAAUCUUGGAUCCUUUGAUUAUAAAGGGCUUUAUAAGGCUAUGGGAAUGGCCCUUGUCACGGCACAUCUAGAAGGUCACCUCAAGAAUGAGAUUAUGUCCAACCCUGAACAAUUUGUGGAGCUUGAUCCGGAAUUGCCCUUCACACUUUUGGAUCAAAAGGAGGCCGGAAAAAAGCUUGUGCUCAUUACCAAUUCAGAUUAUCAUUAUACAAACAAAAUGAUGCAUUAUUCCUUUAAUAGAUUCCUUCCUAGUGACAUGGGUUGGCGAGAUUUAUUUGACAUUAUUGUUGUCUCGGCAAACAAACCAGAAUUCUUCCAAAUGUCACACCCCAUGUAUGAGCUGGUGACAGAUGAGGGUUUGAUGCGUCCAUGCUUUAAGGCUCAAAUUGGUGGUUUGUACUCAGGAGGGAGUGCAAAGAUGGUUGAAAGGUCCCUAAAUAUACAUGGAAAUGACAUACUUUACAUUGGUGACCACAUUUACACUGAUCUUAACCAAUCCAAAGUCCAUUUGCAAUGGCGAACAGCAUUGAUUUGUCGAGAAUUGGAAGAAGAAUAUAAUGCCUUAAUUCAUAGCCGAGGUUAUAGACAAUCACUGUUGGAGCUUAUAAAUCAAAAGGAAGUUGUUGGUGAUAUCUUUAACCAACUACAACUUACUCUACAGAGGCGAAGUAAAAGACUUAAUGCUCAAACCGUUGCUGCAACUGACAUGGACAAUGAAAACCUUAGUCAAAGCAUGCAGAAAUUACUUGUCGUCAUGCAAAUACUAGAUGGAAAAAUUGCUCCAAUGCUAGAGGCAGAUGGGGCUCUCUUCAAUAAAAGGUGGGGCUAUCUAUCACGUGGUGAUUUUUGGGAUAAAAGCCACUUGAUGCGACAAAUUGAGAAGUAUGCAGAUAUAUAUACCUCUAGGGUGUCAAACUUUCUAUAUUACACACCCUUUAUGUAUUUCCGCUCACAGGAGCAGAACCUUGCACAUGAUUCAUACACAAACUAUUGUUCUCAAGUGGAUCAGUUUCCUUCCAAUGGAAAAUUGGACUAAAAACAGAGGAUAAAUAGAAUAAGUCUAUGAAUUAUGUACUAUAUUAUUUAAAUUAGUAACAAGUCUAUGAAAGACCCUAGAUAUUGUGUUUCACAAUUCUUUAAAAGUCCCCGUAUAAAUUGAGAUUAUGUGUUUUGGGUCAACAAUAAGGAUGGCGAGGUAAGGUACUUUCCCUACACUAAGGGGUGUUUUAUUUGACUUUUUGUUUCAAUGAGAGAAAUAAAUGGAAGAGAUUGUGUUUCGGACUGAA